AUGAAGACUCUCGAUCUAGAUCCAGGAGAUCUUCUUCAGAUCAAAUCGACCGAUUUGCCGCCUGGGAAAUUCAUUAAACUACAGCCUCAGUCGCCUGCGUUCCUUGACAUCUCCGACCCCCGAGCCGUCCUUGAAAACGCCUUCCGAAAUUUCUCCUGCCUGACGAAGGGCGACAUCUUUACCUUCGAAUACAACGAUCAGACGUAUGAUAUUGCUGUAUUGGAGAUCAAACCAGACACGGAUUCACACGCCAUCGUGACAAUGGAGACUGAUUUGGAGGUUGACUUCGCCACGCCAGUAGGGUACGUGCCGCCAGAGCGCACGAGUGGUACCAGCACGCCGAGGAGCGGCAUCGGAAGACCUCAUGGUGGCCCAGUCCACUUUCAAGGGACAAUGGCACAAUCAAUCAACUAUGCUAGUAUUGCGCCUUCAUCGAACACAGUCACAGCUGGAGCCAAAGCUGUGUCCUCGAACUUUCUCUCUGGUGGUCACAAGCUCAGUUCGAAGAAAGGUUCCAAAGCCUCGACACCCAACCCUUCAACGCCCGUCGCGGGGGCAUCAGCGAACCCCUCGAAACCCCUCACGACAAGACGGUCUAAUGUUCCGCAGCCGUUGAGACUGCCACCGGGUAAACUCUUCUUUGGUUACGAAGUGAAGCCUUUGCGUAAAAGAAAUGAAAAUGGAGAACCAGUGACGGGUGAUGAAGUGAAACCACGGUUUCAAGGACAAGGGCAGACACUAAGAGCCAAAAGAAGGGUAGCUGGAACGGACAGUGGGAUUGGCAGUGGAGUGAACAGUGAUGCAGAGAAACCCAAGGGCAAGAAUACUGGUACUGGCAAGGGGCGAUCCUUGAGAUGA